UUUUCACUGUGGCCCAAACUGCAAUUUCUGCGCUGCGUUUCUUUCAUCUUUAUAACUUAUCAAAUACAAUAUAUAAAUAAAUCACUUUGUAGUGUUUACCAUCUUGACCAUCUCUCUCACUCUCUCUCUCUCUUAAAAUCUUUCAGAAACUGCAAAUGUGAUCAUAAGAUAGAAUCUUUUCUACAGAUUCUCUCUCCCUCUCUCUCUCUCUCUCUCUCUCUCUCUCUCUCUCUCUCUGUGUAUCAGCUUUCACAGAAGUGGGAUUAACUUUUCAGAUUAUUACAGAGAUUUUGCAAAAGGUAAGAAGAAAAGAAACCUGGUAAACUCAGUAAUGGAGCUUAGGACAGUGAUUUUGGGGCAUUUUUUGGUGGUUUCUUUAGCGUUGAACGCUGGUUUGUUGUACAGAGACUACUGCAAUGGCGGCAAACACAGGUUUAAGGAUGUUUUAUUCUUCAAGAAUGAGUGCAAGAACUCAUCUUUAGCCACAAAUAGAGAUGCCCAUCUUUCCAAAAGUGCUUUUCUUGAUUCUUCAAAAGCUCUUCCUGCUGAAAUUAUCGAUCUUGAUCAUGGCGAUCCGACGAUGUACGAGAGGUAUUGGCAACAAAUGGGGGAAAAAACGACGGUUGUGAUUCCGGGGUGGAAAUUCAUUAGUUAUUUUUCGGAUGUGAAUAAUCUUUGCUGGUUUUUGGAGCCGGAAUUUGCGAGUGCAGUUACUCGGUUGCAUAAAUUGGUGGGAAAUGCGGUUACUGAAGACCGUUAUAUGGUCGUCGGAACGGGGUCCACGCAGCUAUUCCAGGCUGUCCUUUAUGCCGUUUCGCCGACUAAUGCUUCUGAACCAAUCAGCGUAGUUUCUGCUGCUCCGUUUUACUCGUCGUACCCAUUGAUAACCGAAUUUCUGAAAUCCGGGCUCUAUAAAUGGGCGGGAGAUGCUCGUAAAUUCAAGAAAGAUAAGCCUUAUAUCGAAUUAGUGACAUCUCCGAACAAUCCCGAUGGAUUAUCAAGAGAAGCGGUUGUUAAUCGAGAUCAAGGGAUAUUAAUACAUGACUUGGCUUAUUAUUGGCCGCAAUAUACUCCGAUUUCUUCUCCUCCUGCGGAUCAUGAUAUUAUGUUGUUUACGGUUUCCAAGAGUACGGGCCAUGCUGGCACGCGAUUAGGUUGGGCUUUGGUUAAGGAUCGAGAAAUCGCAAAGAAAAUGACAGAAUUCAUCGUGCUAAGCACAAUAGGCGUGUCCAAAGAAUCGCAACUAAGAGCAGCAAAAAUAUUACAAGUCAUGUCCGAUACACACGAAAACGAACGUAACUUUAAGGAAAGUGAACCCUUCUUCGACCACAGCUACAAUCUCAUGGCGAUGAGGUGGCAACAGCUUAGGGACGCAGUGAAAAAGAACCCGCUCUUUAGUCUGCCCGAAUUCCCGCAUGGCAAAUGCGCCUUUAGUGGUCGUACAUUUGCAUCACAGCCAGCUUUUGCUUGGCUCAAGUGUGAAGGCGAAACGGAGGAUUGUGAGGGAUUUCUUCGGGAGCACAAGAUAUUGACGAGAAGUGGGAAGCACUUUGGCGAGAGCUCGAAAUAUGUUCGGAUCAGUAUUUUGCCACGCGACGAAGUAUUUGAUCAGUUUACCGAUAGAUUAUCGAGUAUUACUUCUUCAUAGACUUCAAAAUUUCUUUCUUUUCUUUUCUUUUUUUUUUUUUUUUUUUUUUAAUGUUUUGGUCUUUGUGAUGAUGGUUUUAGGCAGAAGGGCUUUUAUGUAAACAAUGUUUGUUAAUAAUGGUGUUAUGCAUGAUAU